CGCAUAAGGAGUUCCGUCGUUGCAGUUCUUUCCCCCGUUCCCGCUCACAUUGAACAGCAGCGGCAGUGCUCUUGCUCUCGUUCUCUAGGCGAAGAUUGGGAAUCGCGGAGUUUCAAAAUCCGAGAAUCUGCUGAAAUGGAAGAUGGAAACGGAAGUGAUUUAGAGAGAGAAGAGGGAGAUUCCGUAGGGGAGUUGCUGCGGGACCGGUUCCGCCUCUCUGCCAUCUCCAUAGUCGAAGCCCAAGCGAAGAAGAACGAGAUAGAGAUAUCUGAACCAAUCACAGCUUAUAUCUCAGACUUGGCCUUCAAAUUCACAGAACAACUUGGUAAGGACGUAGAGCUGUUUGCGCAGCACGGUGGGCGCAAAUGUGUGAACAUGGAGGAUGUCAUUCUGUCCAGUAAGUCUUGUGUUUUGAGCUCUCUUCGGCUUGUGUUUCCGUGGUUUCGGGCCCUUUUGAUGUAUUUAGGUUAGGUCUACUUUUGAUUCCACUUUUGUUGCAGCUCAUAGGAACGAGUAUUUAACUUCAUUGUUGAGACCCUUGAGCAACGAAUUGAGGGCAAAAGAGCCACAAUCUGAAAGGAAGCGAAAGAAGACAUCAUCGUCUAAAAGGGAAGACGCCAACAACACCAGCAACAAGGGCAACAAUGUUCCGCAUUUGUCCCCUGACCAGUGACCACUAAUAUAAGAUAGAAACAUAUAUCUACAAAAUCCUAACAAAUGGAAGAUUUAGAGUUGUUCAUUAGUAUGACUCAGAUUUAAUAAGAGACAAAGAGGAGCAUUCUGAUAAUUUUGGUACCCUUUUAUAUUUUCUUUGGCUGACACGGAUCAGAGGAAAGAGUACACCUUUGACUAGUCAAUUUUAUUUUUAUUAUCAUUUUCGUAUCAUUUAAAAUUUAAUUUUUAAAA